CUUCACUAUGAGGGGAAUCAUACUUGCACUAGCGCUCACCCUCGUAGGUAGCCAGAAGUUUGACAUUGACCCUGGAUUCGGCAGCAGAAAGAGCUACAUGUACAGCUAUGAAGGCUGGGUGUUGAACGGGCUUCAAGAGAAAAGUUUAGCCAAAGUCGGCGUGCGCUUGAGCAGCAAACUAGAGAUCAGUGGGCUGUCAGAGAACACUUACCUCCUCAAGAUCCGCUCUCCACAAUUUGACGAGUACAAUGGCAUCUGGCCCAGUGACCCAUUUACUCGAUCUUCCAAAAUCACCCAGAUGGUUUCUUCGUGUUUCACCCGGCCCUUCAAGUUUGAAUACAGUAGUGGACGGAUUGGAAAUAUUUAUGGCCCAGAAGACUGCCCCAACAUGUGUAUUAACAUAGUGAGAGGAAUACUGAACAUGAUGCAGAUAACCAUUAAAAAGUCACAGAAUGUGUAUGAAUUGCAAGAGGCUGGAAUCGGUGGUGUUUGCCAUACAAGGUAUGUCAUCCAGGAAGACAGGAAGAACAGCCGAGUCUCUGUUACCAAAACUGUAGACCAAAAUAAUUGCCAGGAAAAAGUGAUGAAGAGUGUCGGAAUGGCUUACAUCUAUCCUUGUCCUGUUGACAUGAUGAAGGGAAGGCUCAUAAAAGGGACUGCAGCUUUCUCCUACAAACUGAAGCAGUCAGACAGCGGUACCCUGAUCACAGAAGUGGUGUCGCAGCAAGUGUAUCAGAUCUCACCACUCAGUGAACCUACCGGUGUUGCCGUCAUGGAAGCAAGACAACAGCUCACCUUGCUUGAAGUAAGGAGCGAACGGGGGAGCGCCCCAGACAUUUCCAUGCAGAGCUACGGAAGCCUUCCUUACCAGUUCCCAUCAGUAUUGCCACAGAUGCCACUGCAGCUAAUCAAGACGAAAAACCCCGAGCAAAGGAUAAUAGAAACACUGCAACACAUAGUCCUGAAUAACCAACAAGAUUUCCACGACGACGUUCCAUACCGAUUCUUGGAGCUCGUCCAGCUCUGCCGGAUGGCAAGCGCUGAUACUCUUGAGUCCAUCUGGAGACAAUUUUCAGAUAAACCCCGCUACAGGCGAUGGCUGCUGAGUGCAGUUUCUGCAACAGGCACUACAGAAGCACUCAAAUUCAUUAAGGCCAGAAUUCGCAAUGAUGACGUUAACUACCUUCAGACUCUUCUAAGUGUUUCUUUUGCUCUUCAUUUAAUGAAAGCUGAUGAAGACACUGUUCCAAUAGCAGCAGAUUUAAUCACCAGUUCUCGAAUUCAGAAAAGUCCCAUGCUUCAGCAAGUUGCCUGCUUGGGAUACAGUUCUGUGGUCAAUAGAUACUGUUCUCAGACCUCAGCUUGUCCAAAAGAAGCUCUUCAGCCCAUCCAUGACCUGGCAGAUGAAGCGAUCAGCAGGGGCCGUGAAGACAAAAUGAAAUUAGCUCUGAAGUGCAUUGGUAACAUGGGAGAGCCAGCCAGCAUCAAGCGCAUCCUGAAGUUCCUUCCCAUAUCUUCAUCCAGUGCUUCUGAUAUCCCCACCCACAUUCAGAUUGAUGCCAUAAUGGCCUUGAGAAAAAUAGCUUGGAAGGACCCCAAAACAGUGCAGGGAUAUCUCAUUCAGAUCCUUGCAGACCCGUCGCUUCCCCCCGAAGUGCGGAUGAUGGCUUGUGCCGUUAUCUUUGAGACAAGGCCCGCCCUUCCUUUAAUAACAACCAUAGCUAAUGUGGCAAUGAAGGAGAGCAAUUUGCAGGUGGCCAGUUUCGUGUAUUCCCACAUGAAGGCUUUGUCGAAGAGCAGUUUGCCGUACAUGUACAACAUAUCUUCGGCUUGCAAUAUUGCCCUUAAGCUGCUGGCCCCCAAAUUGGACAGGCUGAGCUACCGGUAUAGUAAGGUCAUGCGUGUUGGUGGUUACUUUGAUAACUAUAAAGUUGGUGCUGCUGGAGAUGUCUUUGUUAUGAACAGCCCAGGAACAAUGUUCCCGUCAGCAAUAAUUUCCAAGCUGAUGGCAUAUUCUGCAGGAUCAGUGGCUGAUUUGGUGGAGGUUGGUGUCCGCGUGGAAGGCCUCACAGACGUCAUCAUGAAACGAAAUAUCCCAUUUGCUGAAUAUCCCACGUACAAAAAGAUAAAGGAGAUUGGAAAAGCUCUGCUGGGAUGGAAGGAGCUGCCAACGGAAACCCCCUUGAUAUCAGCCUACUUCAAACUAUUUGGCCAAGAGCUGGCCUACGUCAACAUCAAUAAGGAAGUCCUGCAUCAGGCUAUCAAGACUGUGCUAGAACCUGCUGACAGGAACGCAGCGAUGAAGAGAGUUGUCAGCCAAAUCCGCAAUGGCAUUGCAGGACAAUGGACACAGCCGGUGUGGCUGGGAGAGCUGCGAUACAUCGUUCCUACCUGCACCGGUCUGCCGCUGGAGUACGGGUCAUACACGACUGCUCUGGCACGUGCAGCAGUCAACGUUGAUGGAAAGAUGACCCCUCCUUUAACUGGAGAUUUUAGACCUUCCCAGUUCCUUGAAUCCACCAUGCAGAUUCGGUCUGACAUAAACCCAAGCUUAUACGUGCAUACAGUCGCAACAAUGGGUGUCAACACAGAAUACUUUCAACAUGCUGUUGAAAUUCAAGGCAAGGUCCUGACAAGAGUGCCAAUGAAGUUUGAUGCCAAGAUAGACAUGAAACUGAAAAAUAUUAAGAUUGAAACAAAUCCAUGCCAGGAGGAAACUGAGAUAGUGGUUGGAAGACAUAAGGCUUUUGCUGUAUCAAGAAAUAUAGGAGAACUAGGGGUGGAAAAGAGAACCUCAAUUCUCCCAGGAGGUGCUUCAUCAAAUAUUGUGGAAGAACCUUUCAAACCAUCAGAGAGAGCUUCCAGUGAAGAUUUCACAACGCAAGGAGCUGACAGCAUGCCAAGGAAACACGCCUAUAGCUCUCAAGAGGAUCUUCGCUAUGGCACAGGAAGAAAAACUCAUAAACGAGACAUUUGCGUCAAACUGCAUCAUCUUGGUUGUCAGCUCUGCUUUUCCAGAAGGUCACGAGAUGCCAGUUUCCUAAAAAAUACGUAUUUGCACAGAUUAAUCGGAGAACACGAAGCUAAAAUAGUCUUGAUUCCAGUUCAAACAGAUGCUGAUAUUGACAAAAUUCAGCUGGAGAUUCAAGCAGGAUCCAGAGCAGCUUCCAAAAUAAUUCAUGUAGUAAAUUCGGAGUCUGAGGAAGAGGAUGAGUCAUCUCCAUAUGAGGACAUUCAAGCUAAACUGAAGAAGAUUCUAGGCAUUGAAAAUGUGUUCAAGGUUGCAAAUAAAACACGACACCAGAAGAAGCAGCCUUCUAAGAAAGGAAACACUGUGCUACCAGAGCUUGGGGCAGACGCCAAUGCAAAAAAUCCCUCCAGCUCAUCUUCUGCCUCCUCAGCUGUCUCCUCUUCUUCCUCAUCAUCUGCUGCUUCUCCUGAUCAUAAAAAGGCUGUGGAUGAAGAUGAGAAUGAUCAAGUAAAGCAAGCGAGAAACAAAGAUGCAAGCAGCAAGAGCAGCAGCAGUAGCAGUAGCGGCAGUAGUAGCAGUAGCGGCAGGAGCAGCAGUAGCAGCAGCAGGAGCAGCAGUAGCAGCAGCAAGAGCAGUAGUAGCAGCAGCAAGAGCAGCAGUAGCAGCAGCAAGAGCAGUAGUAGCAGCAGCAAAAGCAGUAGUAGCAGCAGCAAAAGCAGUAGUAGCAGCAGCAGUAGCAAACGUAGCAGUAGCAGCAGCAGCAGUAGCAAAGGUAGCAGUAGUAGCAGCAGCAAGAGCAGCAGUAGGAGCAGCAGAAGCAAAGAUAGCAGCAGUAGGAGCAGCAGCAGCAGGAAGUCAUUGAGUCACCAUAGCCAUGGGCAUCAUUCAGGACAUCUGGAAGGUGAAAGCAGCAGCAGCAGCAGCAGCAGCAGCACAUAUUCCAAAAUAUGGGGUGAUCAUGAGAUUUAUCAGUAUCGCUUUAGAUCAGCACAUAGACAAGAGUUCCCCAAAAGGAAACUCCCAGCUGACCAACUUAGCAGCACGUACUCCUCUACCAGAUCCAGUCAUGCCUCAUCUCGAGCUGCUUCCCGGCCUAAGUUUUUGGGAGAUGUCAAAACACCAGUAUUAGCUGUUUUUCUUCAUGGCAUUCGUAACAAUAAGAAGAUAGGAGGCCUCCAGCUUGUGGUAUAUGCUGAUAUUGACUCCAUCAGGCCCCGGGUGCAGGUAUUUGUGUCAAACCUCACAGAUUCAAGCAAGUGGAAGCUCUGUGCUGAUGCUUCGGUCCUCAAUGCUCACAAGGCAGCGGCUUACCUGAAGUGGGGCAGGAAUUGCCAGGACUACAAGAUUUCGGCUGAGCUGGUAACUGGGCGGUUUGCUGCCCACCCGGCUGUACAAGUGAAACUGGAGUGGCCUAAAGUUCCUUCAAGUGUCAGAUCCAUAGCAGAAUGGUUUUACAAGUUUGUCCCUGGAGCUGCGUUUAUGCUGGGGUUAUCUGAAAAAAUGGACAAGAAUCCUUCUCGACAAGCCAGGGUGAUAGUGGCUCUAACUUCUCCAAGGACAUGUGACAUUGUUAUCAAGCUUCCUGAUAUGAUCCUCUAUGAAAAAGCCAUGAGGCUUCCCCUGUCACUCCCUGUAGGUCCGAGGAUACCAGCUUCAGAGCUGCAGCCUCCCAUCUGGAAUGUCUUUGCUGAAGCCCCUUCUGCAGUGCUCGAGAAUUUGAAAGCUCGCUGCUCAGUUUCCCACAACAAGAUCACAACCUUUAAUGACGUUCAGUUUAACUACACAAUGCCGGCAAACUGUUACCACAUCUUGGCUCAGGAUUGCAGCUCUGACCUUAAGUUCCUGGUGAUGAUGAGGAAUGCUGAAGAAGCUAUGAACCUGAAAGCAAUCAACAUCAAGCUUGGCAGUCAUGAAAUUGAUAUGCGUCCUGUGAACGGACAGGUGAAACUGCUGGUAGAUGGGGCUGAAAGCCCCACGACGAAUGUUUCAUACAUGUCUUCUGGUGCUUCUCUGUGGAUUCACAGUGAAAAGCAAGGACUUGUACUUGUUGCCCCAGCCUAUGGCAUUGAUAAACUGUACUUUGACGGAUACACAUUCAGGAUUCAAGUUGCCUUAUGGAUGGCGGGGAAAAUGUGUGGAAUUUGUGGAAAAUAUGAUGCAGAAUGUGAACAGGAAUAUCGGAUGCCCAAUGGAUAUCUAGCUAAAGAUGCAGUGAGCUUUGGGCAUUCUUGGAUUUUGGAAGAAAAGCCUUGUACAGGAGCCUGCAAACUGCGACGCUCCCUUGUGAAGCUUGAGAAGACAGUUCAGCUUGCGGGUGUAGAGUCCAAGUGCUAUUCUACAGAGCCCGUGCUGCGCUGUGUGAAAGGAUGCUCCGCCACCAAGACUACUCCAGUCACUGUUGGUUUCCACUGUCUCCCAGCUGAUUCGGCUACCAGCCUGAUAGACAAACAGACAAAGUUCGACCAGAAGUCAGAGGAUAUGCAGGACACUGUCGAUGCACACAUAGCAUGUUCAUGUGAGAACGAAGACUGCAGUGCAUGAAGCUGUACUUUGCAGCAUGGGAGAAAAGAGAAACACUUGAAUGUUUUUAUUAUGUGGUGUAAGAAAACUCAUCUUAAGGCAUAAUAGUGGUACUAAAUUAAGUGUUUAAGGCCGUGUGGAAUCUUCCAGAGUAAUUUAAAGUAUUAAACUUUAUUAUUGUAGAAACUGUUACGAUUGUCCAUAAAUAUCUGAUUUCAUAAUAAAUCCAUGCA